AUGUUGGCUGGGAAAGCUGAGCUAGGUCUUCUUUCUCCUGAGGACUUUCAACAGGAGCUCACCUCCCACCAAUGUGUCAGCUUUGCUGAACUGCUUGUUGAUUGCAGCCAACUGGAAAGCCAGCUGUCCACCUCUGUGUCCACUGGUAUGAACAUGAACAAGAAUGAAAUAAAGAAAGAACAGCCCUUAAAGCCCUCGAGGAGUCAGACUCAUCCUCAGAAUCUGAGUAAACAUUCUUCAUUUAAUUCCCCAAAUCAGAUACAACCACAACCUUUCAGUGCAGGACCAUCAGCUUCUCAUAAAAUAGCAGAACAUGGUAGGAAGAUGGACAAGGUAGAAAGCAAUUUGUACAAGCUGUCCUCUUCAGCAUUUAGUGAUUCAUACUUAGAUGUUGGAAAAGAUAGUUACGUAGAAGAUUCUGAACAUGGUACUGAUGAAGCUCAGCUCAUCAAAGCCAAGGUCACCAUUCGAAAACCAGAAGCCAUGACUAAGAAGGAGAUGAAAGUCACAGCAACACCGAGUCUGUUUUUCAAAGAUGGAAAAAAGCGUAUUGAUUACAUCUUGGUGUACAAGAAAUCCAGUCUUCAGGUAGAGAAAAGAAGCACAUUUGAAAGGAACCUCAGAGAAGAAGGUUUAAUGUUGGAAAGAGAGCAAUCCAUUACAAACAGUGAUAUCAUGUUUGUCAAAAUCCACUGUCCAUGGGAUACAUUGUGCAAAUAUGCAGAAAGGAUGAAUAUCAGGAUGCCCUUCAGCUUUACAAUAACAAAUAAGGACACUUUCUUCAACAAUUCCACGAGAAGUAGGAUUGUCCAUCAUGUGCUACAACGUACCAAAUAUGAAGAUGGGAAAACAAAAAUGGGUAUCAACAAACUCUUGAACAAUGGUACAUACGAGGCAUCCUUUCCUCCUCAUGAGGGAAGCUACCAGAGCAGACAUCCAAUUAAAACUCACGGAGCCAAGAACCACAGACAUCUGCUAUAUAAGCGCUGGGCCUGCUGGGGAAUGUGGUAUAAGUAUCAGCCCCUCGACUUAAUCAGGCGCUAUUUUGGUGAGAAGAUUGGUCUAUACUUUGCUUGGUUAGGCUGGUACACUGGCAUGCUGAUUCCUGCUGCCUUCGUGGGCUUGUUUGUUUUCCUUUAUGGAGUAUUUACCAUGCACUCCAGCCAAGUCAGCAAAGAAAUCUGCCAAUCCACAGAGAUCCUGAUGUGCCCAAUGUGUGAGCGAAGCUGCAUGCUCCAGAAACUUAAUGAGAGCUGCAUCUAUGCCAAGGUGACACAUUUGUUUGACAAUGGAGGGACAGUCUUUUUUGCUAUUUUUAUGGCAAUAUGGGCUACAGUUUUCUUGGAAUUCUGGAAGAGGAGAAGAGCUGUGUUGACCUAUGAUUGGGACCUUAUUGACUGGGAAGAGGAGGAGGAAAAUGUUCGCCCUCAGUUUGAAAGAAAGUAUGCCCAGGUGGAAAGAGUGAAUCCCAUCACAGGAAAACCCGAGCCUUAUCAGCCAUUCAUGGAUAAACUUCUUCGGCUCAUGAUCUCCAUAUUAGGAAUAUUCUUAAUGAUUUCUUUGGUGCUCACCACAGUCUUUGCUGUUGUGGUUUAUCGUCUCGUGGCUAUGGAGCACUUUGCAUCUUUCAAGUGGUAUUUCGUCAAAAAAUACUGGCAAUUUGCCACAUCUGGAACAGGAGUCUGCAUCAAUUUCGUGAUCAUCAUGUUUCUGAAUGUAGUCUAUGAAAAAGUGGCUUUUUUCCUCACCAAUUUAGAACAGCCUCGAACAGAAUUGGAAUGGGAGAACAGCUAUGCCCUGAAGAUGUUCCUGUUUCAGUUUGUCAACUUGAACAGCUCCAUCUUCUACAUUGCAUUUUUCUUGGGAAGGUUUUCAGGACGUCCAGGAAAAUAUAAUAAACUUUUUGACCGAUGGAGAUUGGAAGAAUGUCACCCCAGCGGCUGUCUCAUUGACCUUUGUCUGCAAAUGAGUGUCAUCAUGGUUUUAAAGCAAACAUGGAACAACUUUAUGGAACUCGGAUACCCAUUGUUCCAUAACUGGUGGACCCAACAUAAAAUUAAACGAAAUGAGCAAGUAUUGAAAUUACCACAGUGGGAAAAAGAUUGGAAUCUACAACCCAUGAAUCUCCAUGGAUUAAUAGAUGAAUAUCUGGAGAUGGUGUUACAGUUCGGCUUUGUCACCAUCUUUGUGGCAGCUUUCCCUCUUGCCCCGCUCCUGGCCCUGAUGAAUAACAUCAUUGAGAUCCGACUAGAUGCCUACAAAUUUGUCACUCAGUGGAGAAGACCUUUGCCUGCAAGGGCAACCAAUAUAGGAAUCUGGUAUGGAAUUCUUGAAGGAAUCGGUGUAUUAGCUGUGAUCACCAAUGCGUUUGUAAUUGCUAUCACUUCUGAUUAUAUCCCACGCUUUGUCUACGCAUUCAGAUAUGGUCCCUGCAAAGGGCAAGGAUAUAGUCAAGAAAGGUGUUUAAAAGGGUACGUCAACAGCAGCUUAUCGGUGUUUGACCUGAGUGAACUUGGCCCAGGCCACUCCGGUUACUGCAGGUACCGAGACUACCGAGCCCCUCCGUGGAGUUCCCAUCCGUACGAGUUAACCUUGCAGUUCUGGCACGUCCUCGCAGCUCGUUUGGCCUUCAUUAUCGUGUUUGAGCACCUUGUUUUUGGAAUAAAGUCUUUCAUUGCUUACCUGAUCCCUGACAUGCCCAAAGAUUUAUCUGACCGGGUGAGGAGGGAGAAGUACUUAGUCCAAGAAAUGAUGUAUGAUGCAGAAUUGGAGCAUUUGCAGAAACAGCGGAAAUGCCAUGGAAAGCAUUAUCACCAAGAGUGGCCUUAG